AUGUUUUCAAACAGUAUUCAUCGGAUAUUCCUGGCAGGAUUGGUCCUCCAGUGCGUUUUAUGCGAGAGUAGAAUACAUUUAUUCGUAUAUGCAGCACCAACGAAGAAGGAAGUGUUGAUAAAUUAUUAUGGUGUCGAUGAAAAAGUUGUGACCGCUUUAGAGGAGAAACUUUUCAAUAUAACGGACAGCAACUUGAGAAAAGGUGUCCUAAUAGAGCUCGGCAAAGAACCCGACGACAUAUUCUUGAAGGAUCCCACAAAAUACGGCGAUUUACACUAUAAAUAUAACUGGAUGCCAGUUAAGAGGAGUCUUCGAGUUAAAAGUGCGGAGGUGGUGGAUGUGAUAAGCGAUAAGGUUGUCGUCAAAUCAAUCGAGCACAUUAAUAACUCGACGAGAACUAUCAAAUCGCGAGCCAUAAUAUCUGAAAUGGUUGAGAGUACGAUCUCCUCUUUUUGGUCGGUAGACGGUUUACCAGAAGACGAGGUUUACUUCGACAUCGACUACAGCUUCAAUGGUAGAGCGGUGAAGUACCAUAAUCGAUGGAGACACGACAAUUUCCAGAGUGCGUCCCUGCCGUUUGGAGUCACAAAAAACGGCUACAUAAUUAUCAAUCCCUCUCAAAGGGUUGUCAGCAGGCUCAAGGGAACGAAGACGAUACUCCUGAUCAAAAUACGUUAUGCGGCAAGCCUGGUUGGCAAUAUUGUAUUGAACUACGCCCAUGUGUACGGGAAAUACCAUUUCUGGGCACCGAAAGUGAGUGACAUAAUGAAAGCCGCUGGGCUCACUAACGAAAUAGUCACAACGGAGCUGAUAGAAGUACGCUGCUACACGAAUCCUGAGCUAGAAAUAUUCGAUGGUGUCACUAAGGAGACUGUGACCGUAGUAACGCCGCCAACGCCGUUCAAAGUGAGACCAAAAUCUAGACAUUCCGUGAGGAGAAAGUUUCAAAUCCAC